AUGGAUACCGUCGCCGCCGAAGAGCCCACCGAGGCAAUGGAGCAGGUCGAAGAAGAGCGGGAGGAGACGGAGGCGUCGCUGCGGCCGGUGCUGCCGGUGGGGAGGGUGAAGCGGAUCAUCCGUGUGGACCGGGACAUAAGGAAGGUGACGAACGAGGCGGCGCUGCUCAUCGCCGCCGCCGCCGAGCUCUUCAUCGGCAGCCUCGCCGCCGACGCCCACACGGCGGCGGCGCAGCGCGGCCGGCUCGCGGUGCGGGCCGCGCACGUCCGGUCCGCCGCCCGCACGCACCGGCGGACGGCAGACUUCCUCCUGGACUGCCUCCCCGCUGACAAGGAGGCGCCCCCGCGGGCCCGCGCUGCCGCCGUCUCCGGCGGCGGCGGUGGAGAAGCGAAGACGCUGCCGCGUGGAACCCGCCGCAUCAACGCCUUCGUCCAGAAGGUUACUUAG